AGAAUAACUGAUCUUGUGGAUAUUUUUGGUGCAAAUGUAAAAGACUUGACUACAAUGAAUGACUUACCCCAAAUGGAAUUUUCUACAAAACCUGCCGAUAUAUCUGAAGAACAGUUAAAAAGAAUAAUCGAUGCUAUAGUGACACGUCUGAAGCUACUUAUACACACAUCAGGUCCAAUUGGAGGAAAGAAUGAGAUGGAACGGUCAUAUUAUAUCGAUGCUGUUUUACGUGACAUUGUUAAAUCAUGUGGAGAAGAUGUUCAGAUAUAUCAACAAUAUAGCAUUGUUGGAUCGCAUGGAGAUGGACGUGUGGAUUACGUUAUCAAGCAUGUGAAUACUAUAAUUUGUAUAACUGAGGCAAAGACCUCGGCUAUAGAACAAGGAAUAUGUCAAAAUUUCAUUCAAUUACAUAGCGCUUGCAAGAUCAAUUUAAGAAAACGAAAAUUUGACGAUCUUGCUGGAUAUGAUUAUGUUUAUGGAAUUGUCUCUACAGGCGACCAAUGGAUCUUUACAGUUGUAAGUUCUGCUAAUGAGCUUGCAGCAGCAAAUAAGAAGAUACAGACAUUAAGUGUUAAUAGCGAUGAUGUUGAUGAUGAUAGGCUGGCAAAUGAUGUACAAAUUCUAGUUCGUGCAAUCCUUGGAAUUCUCCAAGAUAAGAUUGCAAGUAUUGAGGAACAACCACAAGCAAAGAGACAGCGACUUGAGGAGGUUCUAUCAACUAAAUGA